AAGACUAUGAUUUUGCUGGUUUCAUAUCAAGAUAUUUACUUAGCUGCUUUCUUACUAUUUUCAAUGCGUAUUGAAUGGAAGAGCAAAGCUGCAGCUUCUGUGGGUUAAGUGUGCUGAGUUUGAGGCAGCAAAAGCAAACAGGUCUGAAAUUGAACUUGGAGCAACAGAGCUGAUAUGUUUGCGAAGCGCAGGAUAGUUCCAUAUUAAAGGUUGUCACUGGAUAGGCUGGACAAAUGGCGUUUUUCAGAAACCUCCAACAAAAUCUGAGCCUUCCCUCUGUGUCGUCUUUGGUUGACACACUUAGCAGUGCUGUGGAUGAGCUGACCAGUGUUGUUGGAGAAGUCGGCUACAAUGUAGCUGAUACAGUAACAGAACAAGUAACUAGCAUGAUAAAUGGCCUUCGUGCAGAAGAUGAUAGCUCCAAAAUACAGAGUGAUAAUCCUGUGCAAGGGAGAGAGGAACAUACAACAUCAUUAACUCAUUCUCAGGAAAUUAGUAUGGAAGCAAAGAGAGGUAUUGCAGAACAUAAGGAGACUCAUUCUAAUUCAUUAGAUUUUGUAAGAAAAGAUACAAGUCAAGAUGGAGCACCUGACCGUGUUGUGGACAAAAAGCAGCACCAGUUAAAAGGCAGAGGGAGUAAUAAUAAUUUAAGUCAUACAGAAGUACCUCAGGAUUUGAAGAAUGUAGGAGGACAUUUUCAAAGGGAAGCAGUAGGAAGAAAUGAGUGUUUUGUAAAUUAUGAGUUCUUGAGGGGUAGUAACCUGAAAAGUAGUAAAUUUACAAUGGAGCAAUCUGUUGAAGAACAAGAUAAUUCCCUAUAUGCAGUAUCAGAUAAUUCUAAGAAUCGCUUGCAUAGAAAAAUUAAACCACAGUCACCUGGAGUUGAUUUUGAGAAUUCUCGAGAAGUGCACAGUAUGAAGGUUCCCCAAGAUUUAGAAACAAAACUUGAAAUACAGAAACAAAGAUUAUCAGACUCCAGCUUGAAGAAGACACACGACCAUCACAAUUGUAUUAAUGAAGGCAAAGAAAAGAAAUCUAAAGCCUUUUUUGACAGAAAAGGAAAAUCUCUGUCAAAGGGUGAAGACAAUGUGUCAACCACAAUUGCAAAAGUAGGUAAAAGGAAAAACUCAAAGGAAUCAGAAAAGAAUUCAAGAGAACUAUGUAAUAAGAAGACAGCAGGAAAAGACAACUCAUAUAUGAAUAAAGACCAGCAUGGUUCAUCAUCUGAGAGUGAAGAUGAAGCAUUGGGUAAAUAUCAUGAGGCCUUGUCUAGAACCCAGAGUUCAAGGCUGCCAGUGGUGGAUGGCAGACAGCAAAAAAACUAUGUGUGGGAAACCAGACAAAAAUAUAGUCCCCUGUCUGCAGAAUAUGAUGGAUACAGUAGUGAAGCCUCAAUAGAUGAAGCAAACUGCAUUCAGAGGAUGAGAAGAACACCUCCACUAGACGAACUGCAGCCGCCUCCAUACCAUGAUGAUAGUGGUUCUCCUCAUCUUUCAUGUACACCUUCUGAAGUCGGAGACAGUAAAUGUGAAUAUUCCCAGUGUAGCAACAGCCCAAGAUGUUCAUAUAAGUGCCCAAGUGAGGGAAGCACGGGACAUGAAAUAGAAAGCUUUCAUAACAAAGGAUACGAAGAGGAUGUACCAAGUGACAGCACAGCUGUCCUUAGUCCAGAGGAUAUGUCAGCUCGAGGAUCAUCUUCACAGCUUCCUAAACCUUUUGAUCCUGAGCCAGUAGCUAAAUAUGGCACACUGGAUGUGACUUUUGACUAUGACUCACAGGAACAGAAGCUUUUGGUGACAGUGACAGCUGUCACAGACAUUCCCACAUACAGCAGGACAGGUGGAAGCUCAUGGCAAGUACACCUAGUUCUUCUUCCUAUAAAGAAGCAGAAAGCAAAAACCAGCAUCCAGCGGGGACCGUGCCCUGUCUUCACAGAGACAUUCAAAUUUAAUCACGUUGAGUCUGAGAUGAUUGGGAAUUAUGCAGUUCGCUUUAGACUGUACAGCAUACGUCGUAUGAAAAAAGAGAGGAUUGUGGGAGAAAAGAUUUUUUACUUAACAAAAUUGAACCUUCAAGGGAAGAUGUCAGUGCCAGUGAUACUGGAACCUUCUUACAGUCUGUCUGGUUGUGACUCUCAAAUGAGCACGUCAGAAGUGUCCUGCAGUGGAAGUACCUCCUCUUGUCAGUCUCUGGUACAUGGCUCAGCUCCAGAAAUCCUCAUUGGCCUCCUUUAUAACGCUACGACUGGAAGAUUAUCAGCAGAAGUGAUAAAAGGCAGCCACUUCAAAAAUUUGGCAGCAAACAGACCACCCAAUACAUAUGUUAAGUUAACACUGCUGAACUCGAUGGGGCAAGAGAUGUCCAAAUGCAAAACUUCGGUCCGCCGAGGACAGCCAAAUCCAGUAUACAAAGAAACCUUCGUUUUCCAAGUGGCACUGUUUCAGCUCUCAGAUGUGACACUCAUAUUAUCUGUAUAUAAUAAGCGCAGCAUGAAACGAAAAGAGAUGAUAGGGUGGAUUUCCUUGGGUCUCAACAGCUCAGGAGAAGAUGAACUCAAUCACUGGACUGAAAUGAAAGAAUCUAAAGGACAGCAAGUAUGUAGAUGGCAUACUUUACUAGAAUCGUAAUGGACUAGAAUGGUAAAGUGAUGGUUUUAAGGGUGUUUGGUCUUCAAGAAGAUGAUCGUCCCCAGUCACAAUCAGCAGAUUUCUGGCGGAAGUAAAAAAUGAAAACUGAAGUCAACAUUCCAUCGUAAAGGAUGCACAACAUGCAACAUGGUGGGAUUUAAUGUAUAACCUUGACUUGUUAGUGUCAGGCACUUCUUGGUGUCAGAGAAGCCUUGCUGUACACAGAUAUGUUAGUGGUCCCUCUCCCAUCCACCUGAUGCUGUAUUUGUUUGGGUUUGUUUUGUGGUUUUCAAUUCAGAAACAUUUUAUAUAAGGUUCUCCAAAUUAAUGUAAACUCCUUCUUGUCUACUUUUUGUAUUGCUCUAAUACUGUAGCUUCUGACCUGCCUGCAUUCAGAUUAAAGGUCAAUAGCUUGCACUUCAAGAAAAUGUUAGUGAUCUAUGGAGCAAAAGAAAA